AUAUGUCCUACUACCAAAGUAAACUUACUACAUUUUGAUUCACAUUAGUGCAAGCAGAAGGAAUGAAAACAAGCAUUGGACAAUGGACAUGGAUGCAUAAGAUCUCUUUCCAGAGAGCAUAAUUAGUUAGGCUAUUGGAAUUGACGCAUAAACAUAGGCUAGGCCUAAACGUUUUUUUCUGAUAUAUAUUUUUAGAUACAGCUUAGUUAGGCCAUUGAUUUCAUUAGCAUAUAUGAUAUUGAUGAGGGGGUGUUUACAAGGCGGAGACCUAAAACCAUCCGGCUGCGCACAAGUUGAAGUUCAUUUGUGAUAUAUAAUGGGCACAUCUGGAAGAGUGGUGUAAGCAUGUUUUUGUGAUAUUACUGAAGAUGCAAACUUCAACUGCCCAGCCCGUGACCAACUUCACCACAGCUUUCCAGAACACCACGUCCACCACCAAGUCCAAGGAGCAAAUACUCACCCAAAGUUCUGGUGCCAUGAUAGCCCUCAUUGUCAUCGGGAUCAUCAUCAUUCUCACAAUCUUACUCAUCAUUCUCAAGACAUACAACAGGAGAACACAUACGUCAAGGAUGAUGGCUGGUGUUGGAGGCUCCAAAGCUCGUAAAAAGUCGCCCUCCUCAACCCAAACGAACCUGAACAUGAGUCACCUAGGACCCAGCUCGGUGUCUGGGAGUUUCGUCCAAUCAUCUGUGCCGUCAGAGAAUGGCUUCCGUCUCCCACGGGUAGACUUGACCAGUGUUGACCACAACAGCUUGGACCAGCAGAGCACGGCCAGCGGCUCCACAGUGGUCACCGUACAUGACACGCCUUCCAUCGAGAACACGUAGGAGCGGCAGUUGCCACAGCCAGAGCCUGAAACAGACUUCAGAACCGGCGUCUAUGUCAUACCACAAGGAUUAACGGAAACAACACCACCUCGAUGAACAAAGGAGAGCCGCACUGAACGUCGCCGUACUCGGCGAGACAGUCACGAGACUGUACUUGCGAUAGCCAGCAUAGAUAUAUUGACCCUUGGAGGAUCUUUAGAUGUUACCACUACAGGUUAGGGGCAGGAUGCACCCAUGAACGGACAGAACCAUGGACCGAUCAGGUAUGGGGAAUCGCGCGCCAGGAAGUGCGCGCAGGUCUCCAAAUUGCUGCCCCAGGACUGUUACAGUCCUACAUGUAACCCUCAAGCAUUCUGUGUGACGGAAUACGACUAGAUGACGAACUCAGAAUGUUGAGAGGGUAGAGAGAAGCAGGUGUAGUAAAUGCAGCCAUGUCGGCGGUCUCUUAAUUUAGCAGAUGAUUUUGCACUAGCCGUUGCUGUUCUUGUGACUGUUGUGACACGUCUUUCAUGAACCUUAAUUGAAUGUGAAUCUUUCCUAUAUUUUGAUUUAAAUCUAAAAGUAUGGUGUAAGAAAAAUAUUUAUUUUUGUAAACAAUUUUAUUUAUUUGACUGAUUUCACCUUCAGGAAACUGUUUAUAAAACAUAGGCCAUGAGGCUGUGCUUAAAUAUAAUCAAAGUGCAAAUAGAAUGUGGAAACACAUCAAAGUUUUAAAAAGUCCACAAGGCCGUCGCCUACCAUGAUAUCCAUGAUGAUCUGUGUUUUACAUUCCCAUGUUGCCCAAAUACUGAACACAUCCUAGGCUACAUUUAAUAUCUCCCAAUAUGCCAAAACACUGAUCAUUCAACUUUUAAACAUAUUACCCUAUCUUAAUUCAUCUUUAUGUGAUUGAUCAAAGUUUCUUUUCUUGGUUAUACAUGGAUAGGCUAUAUCAUCCUUCAAUUUACUUGUAAUGUGAAUGCCAUGCUCACCUAAACAUUUUUAAUAAAUUCUUAUCUCCACAUUCUGAA